AGUGCCCACUGCCAGCGGUUGUUCAUAUGAUAUCGCAGCUAUGUUCAAACUGUAUUUCAAUCUUGCUGGGUUAUUAGCGUUGUAUCUGACAUGUCUGGCGAAACAAGGGCCAUUUCCCAAUGCCCAGUUACCUUGCGAGGCAUGUUAUGGACACUGCGCCAGGGAAUGUCAAGACUACGAGUCAGUGAAAGAUUGUCAUUGUCCAAAGGGACUUGUUUGUUGUAGUGAAGAUGACAGUCAUAUUCCUAAUAAGUGCACCGACGAAUGCAUGGGAAGUUGUAAGCCUGUAAAUUACGGUUGUGGCCACUACGAGAUGGAAUCCCAUGAUCCUGAAUGUAACGAGAACUGUGGGCAGGAUACAAUGUGCUGUGUGCCAAGAGUCUAAAUCUGACGACAGCGUGCACGUCCUUUCUCUAAUUGUGUAUCUACAAUGUAUGUAUUUAUGUAGUCACAUUGAUUGAAAAAUAAAGGAAAUGAAAAUCAA